CUGACUUUGUAUAAAAUCGAAAUCCACACAAAUUUCGGUCUAAUAUCUUCUCAAAUGGCUUCCCCAGCUCUCCCAGGCCUUUUGCUGUGCUUCGCUGCUACAGUCCUUCUUAUAUUUGCUUGUGUGUCGGUACCUACAUGGGACGCCAUUUACUUCCUUCAAGCGGGAGGUAUUCGCUUUGGAAUAUUUGGGUUUACUGGAAGUCGAACUCAACUUGGAUACAAUUUUGAUCCUACAACUCUCGGUUUCGAUGGUACGAAACUCAACACCGCAAUCAUUCACAACCUCACGAUGGUUCUGAUCCUUCAUCCUAUUGCUGCUGGACUUGCUGGACUUGCGGUCUUAUUUGGCCUUUGCGGAGCUGGCUAUCAUCGCGCUGGUACCGUCAUUAUGACUUUACUGAGCGGUUUGGCAGCCCUUGUCACUCUCGUUGUAUGGGUCAUUGACAUGGUGCUGUUCGGUAUUGCCCGCAGCCGUUUCCGAGAGCAGGGAAUUCCUGCUCAAUACGGCAAUGGCAAUUGGCUAGUCCUUGGUGCAUUGGUGGCUCUCGUGCUCAGCUUCUGUGCCAGUGCCUGUGGUAUCUUUGGCAGUUACCACAAAAGACGAGGAACCUACUAA